CCGGUUCUCCAUUUAACCCGAAACGAAAUUGAAGUAGGCGCGGAAGGCCCAACGAAAAGCCCACAUACACACAGUUAAGUUCUUCCCCACUCUCUCUCUCUAUAAAUACCUGAAUCUUUUAAAAAAAUACAAACAAACUUUUCGAUCGAGAAACAGAGAGAAGUAGAGAACGUACGUGGACAAGAAUCACGAACGCGACUCAUCGUCUCCACUCACCUCAAAGGCUCUGAACAUGGAAGAGAUCGGCAGCUUCGUUAGUAUUAUCCGCACCGAUGAAGCAAGGAUCGAAGGAAUCCUUGUUAAGGUUGAUCUUUCGAACCAGAGAGUCGCUGUCAAGAACGCAAGGAACUUUGGAAGCGAAGGAAGAAAGCUUCGCGGAGCUCAGAUCCCACCAUCAUUACUCCUGCAUGGAUGCAUGACACUGGGAUCACGUCAGAUCAAGGACAUGGAGAUCAUUUUGCUUUCACCUCAGGAGAGAAACUUCCCACCUCUUUCUCAGCGCAGGAUUGGAGCAAGGAACAAGAUGGAUGGACCUUCCUACUCCGAGAUCGCUAAGGGGAAGAAGAACUAGAAGAACUAGGGUUUUAAUUAAACCAUCUUUAAUUCGUUGAGGAUAUUAAACACCUUUUGAACUUUGUAACUCUAACCAAAGUUAUCAAAGUUCUUUAUUCUCACAGAUUAAAGCUUUUCUAUAUUUCGUGUGUUGAGUUUUUUUGGUCUAAAUCUAGGUUUGUGAUUUUUUAUGUUUAUGUGUAUAUAUACUUAGAUGCAUGCUUGACUGUUUUAGCUGAAUCUUUUUAGAUACUUUGCAAGGAACAAUCUAUUAUACCGAAUGCAGUGUAUUACUGGAUAUAAGAAGCCACUCCAAUGAUACAUAGCGCAAG